GAUGAGCAAUGGACAUUGAAAUUCAAGGAGCAAGAGGAACAAAUGCAGCUGGCGAUUGAGGAGCGAGAAAUGCAAAAAGUGGCUGCUGUAAUGGAGCACGAUCGUAAAAAUGAUGAUUUGGGCGUGCAAGUAGAGCAGCUGACUGCAGAGAAGCUACAUUUGAAAUCAGUUCUGGACGAUCUGAAAGAAAGGCAUCGGCGGCAGAUGGACGAACUGGGCAAGUCGAUUGAAACGAGUAAAGAAAGGCAGGAACAAGAGAUUGCGGCAAGUAACAAAAAGCAUAAAGAGGAAAUGUUGAAUCUAAAAAAGGUGAGGAAUUUUCAAACCCAAUCCCGUUUUAGCACGAUUAAUCUACUCUGA